AUGGCCCUAGACGUUAUCCCGAUCGUGUUAACUGUUACCACCUCCAUAGUUCAGAUUGCUGCCUUUUGUGUUGCCGGCUAUAUUGCUGCGAUAAGAGGGGUUAUUGAUUGCAAAUGUAGGAGACAGCUCAAUCGACUGAAUAUCGGCAUUUUCACCCCCGCUCUGGUAUUCGGAAAGGUCGCUUUCUUCCUAACACCUGAGAAGUUGGCAGGAUUAUGGGUGAUACCCGCAUCUUUUGCCAUCAUCACCUUUGUCUCGUUUGCCUCGGCGUGGUGCUUAGGGAAGAUGUUCGGACUAUCAAGGCAACAUCUCAAUGUUACCAUUGCUGGAGCAAUGUUCAUGAACACGAACACGAUUCCCAUCGCUUUGAUACAAAGCUUGUCUCUAUCCCUCGAGAAAUUAAAGAUGAAUUCUCUUGAUACCCCAGAUAAGGAACUUGGAAGGGCGUUCUCUUACCUGGCGGUAUAUUCACUCUUAGGAACUUUGUUACGAUGGUCUUAUGGGGUAAAACUACUAGAACCUUCGGAGCAGAAAGGUAACGAGAAAAGGGAGCUCAAGGGAAGCUACGCCAUCAAUGAUUGCGAAAAGGUCGCAUUUCCUUCAUCAGUAGGGCACGAUUGUUCCAUGUUCCAUGUCGAAGAUACUGCGACCCCUCAAUUUGUUGAUCUGGCGGUGCCGACUAGAACUCAAGGAGCUUAUCGAAUUAGCUGUGCUACCGCAUUUACAUCAGAGUCGGACCUUGGGACACCUUCAAAACCUAGUGUCAGAUUUAGCUAUCCAACUGCCUUUGGCGCUUAUUCAAAUCUCCUCGGACCAAAUGGAUCAAAAAAAGAAUAUACAAGAAUGAGCUCAGCUACUGCCUUCAGCGUCGAAUCCGAAAUAACACAUUGUGAUAUCACUGGAGAGAUCUAUAAGGAACGCAGAAAAUCGUGUCGAAAUGGGCCAUUGACUAUACCAGAAGCGCACCCCAGCAAUGAGUACCCAAUCUUUUUCGAUGAUCCAACAAGACUCCAGCCAAUAUGGGAAAAUCAAACCGGUGAAGUGGGCGAGGCGAAUUCUCCAGCAGCGCCAGAAAAAGUCGCCGCGCCGCUUCCUGGAGAAGAAAAAAGUGUCAACAGAUGGAAGAAACUGCAUUUCAUAGACAGCUCUCGGGUUCCUUCUGGGGUAAUGAUUUUUAUCCAAACCGUUCGAAAGUUUAUUAAUCCGCCAUUGAUUUCAUCCGUGUUGUCUAUCGUAAUCGCUUGCAUCCCCCCGCUUCAACAUUGGCUCAGUGGGAUUCAGAUAUUGAGAAAUUUUUUGAAUUCUGCCGGUAAUGCAUCUAUUCCCAUCACGCUGGUUGUUUUAGGUAUAUCAUCUGUCAUAACUCCACCAAGGUCAAUCCAAAAGACGAUUCUGAUUACUAGUGCUCCUUCAGGUUCUUUCUUCUCAUCGUCCACUUCAUAUAAGAGCUCAAGAAAAGCGGCUCGAAGCGCCGAAUCAACCUCGCAGUUUGGGCCUUCGUCACAAAAAUCGUCUAAGAAUCAAACCAAAACCGUCGCUUUAGCUCUCAUUUCGCGCCACUUGAUCACACCACUCAUCUUACUUCCAUUGAUAUACAUUUUGUCGAAAUUCACUGGCGUCACUAUCUUCGCAGAUCCAAUUUUUCUGUUGACAACUGUGCUGCUUGUGGGCGCUCCACCCGCCAUUACACUGGCUCAAAUGGCCACAGAACAAGAUGGAGAUUUGGAUAAACUCGUUUCGAGAUUGUUGUUUUGGUCAUUCGUCUUCAUUACGCCAUUGACUACACUUCUACUUGUCGGUAUCGCAAUUAUGAUACACGAUACACGUCACGGAUAA